UUGCAAUUUCCAGCUGAUGCCUGUCAUUCAAAUAAUGUAAACAAUGCAAGUUGCAGUUAUUGUGCAAAACAAAAUAAAAACGCCUUCACUAUUUGUACCCAACCUAUUCGGCGACUUACUGCACAAACAUCGUUUGACGAGUGUCGCGUUGAAAGUCCGAAACACUUUUAAUUGUUUUCGUUUUAAUUUUCCUCAUUGUUAUAUGCUUAAUGCUACGUGCUUGUUAAGUUUUCGCUGUUGUUGUUGCUAAAGUAGUUUUCUCUUAACACCGAAGAGCAGCAUGAGGAGCGAACAACUGCAUUCAUCGUUCGUAUAAAUAGACGUGUGCUCGCAUUAUUUACGUAAUAACAGAACAGACAUUAUGAAGUAUCUGGUUGUCUUAGCGCUCUUGGCCUGCCUGUUUGCUUCCAGUCAGGCACAGUUUGGUGGCGGUGGUGGUGGACCGAUUGGUGGAGGUGGCGGCGGUGGUCCAAUCGGAGGAGGUGGCGGAGGCGGCGGUCCUAUUGGAGGAGGUGGUGGUGGCGGUCCAAUCGGUGGGGGUGGUGGUGGUGGCCCAAUUGGUGGCGGCGGCGGUGGGCGUGGUUAAGGAUUGUAUCACACCAUUACAAGAUUCCAUUGUUGAACAUGAUGUGCAUGUUUGUUGGAUUUUACAUUUAAAUUAAAUAAAUAAAUAAAAUUAUUGUUUUGAAA